AUGGGGAUCCUGUUCCUCCCUUCCCCUUCCCUUACAGCAGAACCUAUCUCUGCCAGACAGCCAGCUCUGCGACCCCACGUCCACAAGCAGCCCGAGAAGACCACCCGAGUCCGGACUGUCCUUAAUGAAAAACAGCUUCACACCUUGAGGACCUGCUACGCUGCCAACCCCAGACCUGACGCCCUCAUGAAGGAGCAACUGGUAGAAAUGACUGGCCUCAGCCCGAGGGUCAUCAGGGUUUGGUUUCAAAACAAACGGUGCAAGGACAAAAAAAGGAGCAUUAUGAUGAAGCAACUUCAGCAGCAGCAACCCAAUGACAAAACUAAUAUCCAGGGGAUGACAGGAACUCCGAUGGUGGCUGCAAGUCCGGAGAGACAUGACGGUGGUUUACAGGCGAACCCGGUGGAGGUGCAGAGUUACCAGCCGCCCUGGAAAGUACUGAGCGACUUCGCAUUGCAGAGUGACAUAGACCAACCUGCUUUUCAGCAACUAGUUAAUUUUUCAGAAGGAGGACCCGGUUCCAAUUCUACUGGAAGUGAAGUAGCAUCAAUGUCCUCUCAGCUUCCAGAUACACCCAACAGCAUGGUAGCCAGUCCUAUUGAGGCAUGAGGAACAUUCAUUCAGAUUUCUGUUGUUGUUGUUUCUGCCCUUACCCUCACCCCUGUUGGAGAGAGUGGGAAAGUGAUCGUGCUGGGACUCCGAAAUUUAGGGGGGAAAAGUAUUUAACAACCCUGUAAUGAACCUAGCAAGGAACUGCUCCAUCAAAUGAACGGAGUCAUGUUUGAAAAGACAAGGUAAUAUGGUAGCAACACUGUGAAGACAAUCAUGGGAUCUUAUCAGAAUACUUAAAAAAAAAAAAAAAAAAAAGAAAAAGAAUGAAAAGGAAACCCAUCAACAAACUACGCGCUAUUCAAUGAUCAGAGGAGGAUCGAAAAGACGUUUUCAAAACGUAAAGGAUUCGAACUCGUGGCUC